AUGCGCCGAAUCCUGCUAUCACGACGGCACGACGAGCCAGAAGAGGUGGUGGGUGAAAUCUCGCCCGGCACUUUCGCGUUGGUGUUGGCGGUUUCAAGCUUCAGCGACGACGAUGGGCAGAAGGCGACGGUGGCCUACCUGGCGGACACGAGCCGACCUCGGUGGCUCGGCGGCUGGGCGCUGAUCGCCCGGAGCGAAGGCUUCCGCCCUGCUCUGAGGCGGGUCCCCGGUCGGGGCAGCUGGGAAGUGGGCGGCUGCUACCGGGUCAAUGGCAACCCUGUGGUUCGCAGCCACGUUGCAUUAGAGUCGGAGCCCCUCUGCGAGCUGAAAGGAGCUGCAGAAGAGGUUCUCCUCCUUGAGUUACGGCUGGCCAUCAGUGAUGAUGAGCCCCGAUUGCGUGGGCGAGUGCGUACUGACAGCGGCGCGGUCGGCUGGCUGACCCUGGAGCUACCACAGGAAGCUCCGCUCCUGAAGCCCAUGAACUUGCUCCGGAAGGAAGCCAUAGUUCGCAGCCUUUGGCCCUUCCCUGUGCCCGUGGCCCUGGACGUGGCCUUUGCCAUCGGGGCACGCAGGGAGAAGCGACGACCACCGGUGAAGAGCACCACAGUGGCCGUCUACCCUUGGGAUAUAGGCAAGAGACCCGGGGGCGCGGGGGAAUAG